UCUAGGGUCAAAGAAUCGCCAAAAUUUAUAAACUGUCUGGGACAUUGUUACCAAAAUUAGAACAAAAUUCUUGAGAACCCGGUGAUAACGAGCGCAUCCAGGAUGUAAAAGUCAAAAGUGAAGCAGGAUUCGACCAAGAUAAGGACAAAAUUCAUUUAAUUACAAACCCUAAAAAUUAUCUAAGUAUUCCAAGUAAUCACAAUUAUCAGAAAAAGGGGGCAAAAAGGGCAAAAAGGGCAACCUCGGCUCAAAACGGCAAGGGGGUCUUCAAUACAAAUACAACCCAAAACUCAAUCAGGGGGAAUUCAAUCUUGAUAGUGGUGUCGUGCUGUUCGAUGGUGUGUGUGAAAAAGUGCCCUUCGUGCCAAUUCCGACUAAGUGCUGCUUCCACUACCUGGCUGACCCAACUGUUUGCUGAUUCCGCAAUUUGCCCAGAUGAUGAACUAAAUGACGGAAGGCAGCGAUGAAUGUUCAAAAAGUGCUUGCUCGACUGCCGCUAAAGAGACAUCGCGACGUCUGACUGCUUUGACCAAAACCGAAAAUCUAGACAACAAAUCAAAAAAAGAAGAAUUCCGGCCGAAACUCCGGUGGCCGGAUUUAACAGUACAAAUAUUUAUUCAUGUAGGAUGUUUAUAUGGACUGUAUUUGUGCCUUGUGUCUGCCAAGUUGUACACAACGCUUUUUGCAUUCCUAACGAUAUACCUCUCAGGGUUUGGCAUCACCGCAGGUGCUCAUAGGUUAUGGUCACAUAGAGCUUACAAAGCCAAAUGGCCCCUUAAGAUACUUCUACUCGUCUUAUUUACAAUUACGGGUCAGAGGCAUGUCUACGUCUGGGCAUUGGACCACAGAGUCCACCACAAAUACAGCGAAACCGACGCCGAUCCACACAACGCGAAACGCGGUUUCUUUUUUUCACACGUCGGCUGGUUAGUCCUGACUCCUCAUCCUGACGUUGUUGAAAAACGAAAAGCCGUCGACAUGAGCGACUUGGAAGCAGAUCCGCUCAUAAUGUGGCACAAAAAACUGUAUCCAGUACUAUUUUUCCUAUUCGUAAUUUUUCUACCAGUUUUUAUUCCUGUGUAUUUUUGGAACGAAACCAUUUGGAAUUCAUUUUGGGUGAAUUUUAACGCUCGAUUUUGUAUUACUUUAAACAUCGCGUUCUUCGUUAACAGCGUCGCGCAUAUGUGGGGCCAGAAACCUUACGACAGAUAUAUAAGUCCAGUGGAAAAUUUGGCGGUGUCUUUGGCAGCGUUGGGUGAAGGUUGGCACAACUACCAUCACGUCUUCCCAUGGGAUUACCGAACUGGCGAACUUGGAAAUAGCUACAACCCGUCUACGACUUUUAUUGAUUUCUUUGCGAAAAUUGGAUGGGCCUAUGAUUUGAAAUUUGCUUCAAAUUCGAUGAUUGCAAGAAGAGCGCAGAAAAGUGGCGAUGGAAGUCACGUUUGGGGCUACGGAGAUGCAGAUAUAGAAAAAGAAGAUUUAGAAGAACUGAAUCAAAUGGAUGAGGAUUUUAAAACUGACUAAUUUUAAAAUGCCAGUAACCAGUAUUAGCCAGUAUACAAUAAUCCAUAGAGUUUUUUGUCAGUUGCUUUCUUUUAGAUGAAUUUUUAGUUUAGCUGCUUUUUUGAAAAAUUUACAAAACCAAACGGUGCCAUUUAGGCAGUAGUGCUUUUGUUAAUUUUUGAAAGUUUUAAAUCAAAGUCACAAAGGCAACAGCAAAGUUUAGAUACUUAACACAUAAUCACUGUUGAAUUGUUCUACAACAAUCCAACUUAAAAUGUUUUGUGACUUUAUUUUACUUAAAGAUACAAUUGUGGUGGGGUUAUUUCAAGGAAAUCUUAUAAUUUGAAUAGUUCAUUAGUGUUUCCUUGGAUGCCCAGUGACUUAUAUAAUUUGUUUUUGUUUUCUUAGAUUUAUGGUGUUUUUUUGUUAAGUCUGAACAUAUUUAAUAUAAUAAAAAUGUUUCAACAAA